UAAUUAUGCCACCCACUCCCCACUCUCUGUACACUCGUUCCUACCUAGCUAGGUUGGUGUUUCAUUAUAAGGAGUGUGUUUCCAUUUCACACACCCUCCACAACUUGGAGUGCCCUUCCUCCACCACUAGUACUAACCAUGUUCACCCAAUUCCUCAUCUUCUCCCUCUUCUUCACUCCCUUCAUCUUCACCGCAGCCCAUGACACCCAUGAUUUUGUGCGCACCUUAGACCGCAAAAUGUUGGGUUUGGACGAAAAGCAAGAAAAGCUCAGCCAUUUCAGAUUCUAUUGGCAUGACGUGGUGAGUGGACGCAACCCUUCUUCAAUUGAAGUUGUGCCACCACCCUUGAAGAACUCAACCACAUCCUUUGGAUCGGUGAACAUGAUUGAGAACCCUUUGACAUUAGAACCCCAAUUGAACUCAAAAUUGGUGGGGAAAGCUCAGGGGUUCUAUGCUUCCACGUCACAAAGUGAAAUCACCUUGCUCAUGGCUAUGAAUUUCGCCAUCACUGAAGGGAAGUACAAUGGCAGCACCAUCACAAUUUUGGGGAGGAACUCUGUUUACGACAAGGAGAGAGAGAUGCCCGUGAUUGGUGGAAGUGGACUCUUUCGAUUUGCUAGGGGAUAUGCUCAACUUAGAACGCAUUGGUUCUCACCCACCACCAAGGAUGCCAUUGUUGAGUACAAUAUUUAUGUUUUGCAUUAUUGAUCAUUCAUUCAUAUAUAUAUAUAUAUAUAUAUAUAUAUAUAUAUAUAUAUAUAUAUAUAUAUAUAUAUAUAUAUAUAUAUAUAUAAUACUAUACAUGUGUAUUGAUAUGCGAUA